CACUUUACCAGCCGCGGGUAGCACACAAUCGGUCUUGUUUAUCUUAUCAGCACGCAGUACAGGUUUUUUGUUCGUGUACAACAAACAGAACGAAAAGCGAUUAGCAAACGAUUGUGUGUAGUACGCAGGCAGCGUUGCAUUUGAAAGCUAACAGUCGAAUGAGCAGCAUUCCAUCAUUUACAGUUGGUGUUUUACGUGGAUUUGCAACCGGCAAUUGCUAGCAGCAAGUGUAGCACAACCGAGACAUAAUGUCCGCUCCGACAAAAACGCUGAAGUCGUGCAUUCCAUUUCCGCUGGAUGAAGCUCAGCUGCUGGAUGUAGUGGAAAAGGCGAAGGAUUGGGCCAUCAUGCACGGGGCAGCGAUGCGGUCCAAGCAAGACUUCAACCCGGAUGCGCUGCUGUUUGCUCCGUUCAUUCUAACGCCGUCUUCGUUUCCCCGGAAAGAGUUCCAGAAGGCGGUAGAUUUGCAGCCGCUGCUGAACGAGUUGAUUCAUGCCGUCGCCCAUGACAGUCAAUUUCUACUCGCCACACUCAGCUCAACGGAAAAGGUGGACGAGUUUACCCGUUCACUGAUCACCAUCUAUCGGACGGUGCUGUCCGAGGGUAUUGCACAGCCCAUCAGUUUAGGGCUGCUGCGUUCGGAUUUGAUGCUGGAGACGCGAUGUGACGACGAAUGCAGCGAACGGAUUUGUCCCUAUAAUGCUUACUGCUGCUGGAAACAGGUGGAAAUCAACACGAUCGCGUCGGGUUUCGGUCAUCUCGGGCCCUCAAGCAAAUAUUUGCAAAGCUAUAUUUUGAUGGAACUCGGAGAGCAAAAAAAGCUGAUGAAUUUACCGGAAAACAACGCCCUGUCUGGACUGUGCGAUGGAAUGGUUGAGGCGUGGAAGUUACAGUCCCGUCCAUCGGCCGCAAUCUUGUUCAUUGUGGAGGACGUUACGUACAACAUCUGUGAUCAGCGUUUCCACGAGUUUUACAUCCGUAAAACGUACCCACACGUGGCCGUUAUUCGGCGUACGCUUACGCAGAUUAGUCAAACUGGAAAGCUUGGCACCGGGAAGGAACUGCUCGUCGACGGUAUCGAAGUGAGUGUCGUGUACUUUCGUGCCGGGUACGAACCGGGCCACUACCACGGACAGUCCGAGUGGGAUGCACGGCUGCUGAUCGAGCGUUCCCUUGCCAUCAAGUGUCCUUCGAUCCAGUAUCAUCUGGCCGGUACGAAGAAGGUGCAGCAGGCACUGGCAAAGCCGGAAGUAUUGCGCCGCUUUGUAGGUGACGAAACGAAGAUUGAAGCGAUUCGUGACAUUUUUACCGGGUUGUACUCGCUCGAUCUGCACGAAGGUGGUGAUGAGGCGGUAGCACUCGCUCUGGCCAACCCGGAAAGAUACGUGCUGAAGCCACAGCGCGAAGGAGGAGGUAACAAUGUGUACGGUGCGGAUAUUCCGGCCGCGCUCAAUGCGAUGAGCAAUGAUGAACGUUCCGCCUGGAUACUUAUGGAGCGUAUCUUUCCACCGACUUCGACCGGGUACAUGAUCCGGCCGAAUGGACCAUCGCCACCACCAUUGGUGCAGCUCGUUUCGGAGCUAGGAAUCUUCGGCACCAUCAUCGGCUCAAAGGAUACCGUGCUGUACAACAAGCAGGUGGGACAUAUGCUGCGUACGAAGUUAUCCACAUCCAACGAGGGAGGCGUUGCGGCAGGUUCGGGUGCAUUGGAUAGUCCAUAUCUUAUCGAUUAGGACGCUGCACGAAUGCAUUCCCAUUCCGGCUACCUCAUUCGUUUUCGAUGUAAUGAUGGUUUGAUAGACAUGAAGCGAGAAAAAGAGAGAAAGAGAGGGAGAGAGAGAGAAACAGAUAAAAAAGAGAGCUAUCAUUGAUUCAUUACACUACUAUUCUAAAUCUAAUGCAAAUUUGAUGAAAAAUGAAAAGUUUUCAAAACCGAAUCAUAUUUACAAGCUUAUAGAUUCUUAUUUUUUUCCUGCCCCCGGGAAACAAUAAAUCAAAAUCUUUAGUAAA